AUUUACAAAAUUUAUAAUGUUAGAUUUUCGUAUCGGUGCAAUAUAUUUAUAUCCAAAAUAUGUACGUCUAAUAUCACAAUUUAGGAUUCCACUAAGUGAUCAUGUACCUGCCACUCCUCCUCGUACAGUUAAAGAUGCCAAAGCUUGUGCUCAUCGAGAUAAAGGAUUAGUCUUAGGUAUAUAUUACAAUGAAAAUGUGAAAAACGACGCAGCAAUUCUUACCGCUAGUGCGGAAAAAUACAACAAAAAAGUAGGAGGUAAACUAUGGGAAGUAUUAAAAUUGACACCUACACCAAAAUUAGGUGAACACAGAAUAUUUUAUGAUUUAGAUCCUGAGUUUGCAUACGUUGCAGUAGCAGGUCUUGGUUCAGAAUGUAUGUCAUUUAAUCCUAUUGAACAGUUGGAUGAAAAUAAAGAAGCGAUACGAAUAGCUGCAGGUGUAGGAGCCAAAGCUCUACGUCCAUUUAAUCCUAAAACUAUUUAUGUAGAGUCAUUUGGCAAUGCAGAAGCCGCGGCGGAAGGCGCUGAACUGUCUGUGUGGCAAUUUCAAGAAUAUAGACAUUCUACACAACGACAGAAAUUUCCAUUAUCAACUCUUCAACUUUACGAUGACUGCGAUUUUUUGGGCUGGAAAAUAGGAAAAAUGAAGGCGGAAGCCCAAAAUUUAGCCAGAUACUUACAAGAAAUGCCUGCAAACAUAUUAAACCCAACUUCUUUUGCAAAAAUCGCUGUAGAUCUAUUAUGCGAACUUGACAUAAAUGUAGAGGUUAGAACACAGGGUUGGGCAAUGAGUCGCGAAAUGGGUGGGUUUGUGGCUAUAGGAAAAUCAUCAGUACAACCUCCGCUGUAUGUAGAAAUAAGUUACUUUGGAGCUGAUGAAUAUACUAGGCCAGUCGUCCUUAUAGGUAAAGGAGUAACAUUCGAUAGCGGAAGCUUAGACUUAAAACACCCGAAGGAUUUAAAAUACAUGAAAGGCGACAUGGCUGGAGCUGCAUGUGUUUUAGCUACAACAAGAGCCGCUGCGAGACUAAAAUUACCUAUCAACAUUAGAGGUAUAUUGCCAUUAUGCGAACUAAUGCCUAACGCAAACAGUCCAAAAUUUGGUGCUGUAGUUAAUAGCGCCAACGGUAAAACAAUACACGUAAGACUACCCUCGAGAGAAGGCAGACUUCUCAUAGCUGACAGUUUGGUUUAUGCAAGAAAUUAUUGGCCGAAAUUCAUACUUGAUAUUGGUACUAUGUCCAAGGAGUUAGUGGAUUCUCUGGAUGGCGCUGCAUGUGCUUGUUAUACUAACUCGGAGGAAUUAUUCUGUUACACUGAAUCAGCCAGUAGCCAAACGGGCGAUAGAAUCUGGAGAAUGCCACUUUGGAAAUUUUAUGAAGACCGUGUAUUAGACUGCGAGACUGCAGACGUGGCAAACACAGGACUACAGAAGUACGGUGACUCGCCGAACUGCGCCGCAUUCCUGAAGCAGUUCGUUUGCGAUAGCAAAUGGGUUCAUUUCGAUACUUACAACGUUGCUUAUAGUAAAGGCCGCGACUUCCCUUACCUGGGCCGGGGAAUGACGGGCCGACCCACGAGAACAAUAGUCGAACUCCUAACUCAGUUAUUGGCCGACAAAAAAAUAUAGCAAUUUUUUAACAUGUGAAAACUCUUCUAGUAUUUUAAUAAGAAACAAGUUUUCUAAAAUUGUGACGAAUUUGACGAAUAAUAAACAUUUUAA